GCGGCGGGUGGAACUUUCCAGGGUUUCCCCUUGUUUAAACAAAAAAGCACCACCACUACACACAAAUCCUUCAGUGGUGCAAAUUGCGACGCCUUGUUGCUCCGUCUUGGCAACCAGCGCCUCUUCUCUGCUUGGCCUGCGGCCGCAGUUCUCUACCUACUUACUUAUUAUUAUUAGUUAUUAAUUAAAUUUAUAUCCCGCCCUUUCAAUAGGAGCCCAGGGUGGCAAACAAAACCUGAGGCGUGUUAAGUGCCAGUGAUGGUAGUAGUGCUUACUUCCAAGUAAACCUGCAGACGAUUACGCAGUGAGGUUGCAAUCUGGCGCGUUCUUAUCCGGGAGCCCCGCUGAACGUAGCGGGACUUGACUAAGCGUCAAUGUGUUGGGUGUGGAUUGUUUUAUUCGCAGCUUUAUAUGAUGACCGCCAGUCUAAUAAUAAAGGCCCUAGCCGUUUCAAUGGUGCAGCUUUCACAGUCCCCGCUUCGCCGCGCUUCACCUUCAUGCCGCUCUGAGGAAGGGGAGGAGAAGAGCAUGAAACCAGCAAAGCAGCAGGUGACUCAGGGUCCUCAUGGGGACAAUCAGCCUCCUAUGAGCCCCCUGCAGGCAGCUUUGAGUUGUGCUGCAACAGCAUCCCAGGCGUAUGAGACUUACAUUGAUAAUGGGCUUAUCUGCCUAAAACACAAGAUCAGGAACAUUGAGAAAAAGAAACUCAAACUAGAAGAUUACAAAGAUCGUCUGAAAAAGGGAGAGACCCUCAAUCAGGAUCAGUUGGAAGCUGUAGAAAAAUAUGAUGAAGUAAUACAUAACUUGGAGUUUGCUAAAGAACUUCAGAAGACAUUUUCUGGGCUUAGUCAAGACCUGCUGAAAGUGCAGAGGAAAGCACAGAGAAGGGAGAGCAUGAUGAAGCUUGAAGCAGAGAAGAAAAAGCUCCGCACAGUACUGCAGGUCCAGUACGUGCUGCAGAAUUUCAAUCUAGAGCAUGUGCAGAAAGAUUUCAAAAGUGGCUUGAAUGGUGCAAUAUAUUUGCCUUCCAAAGAACUGGACUACCUCACCAAGUUUGCAAAAUUGACAUGUUCAGGAAGAAAUGAGGGUGUGAGUGUUGAAGACCAAAUGGAGCAGUCAUCACUCUACUUCUGGGAUCUGCUAGAAGGCAGUGAAAAAGCAGUAGUUGGGACAACUUAUAAGCACCUGAAGGAUUUGUUAUCUAAACUGUUAAAUUCCGGUUAUUUUGAAAAUAUUCCGGCUCCUUGCGACAUACCAGUAAAAGAGGAAUUAAAAGAACAGCUGUCUAAAAGACCUGAGUUGAUUGAAGAAAUGCAUAGAAGACCUGAAAAAACAAGACAACUCUCAAAAUCAGAGCCUGUCAAUGAACCAGAACCUCAAAUGCAGCAUGUUCAAUCUAAGAUACAGCCUCAAGAGUUUCUUAAUAGGCGCUAUUUGCCUGAAGCUGACUCCCCCCCUCUUAAGAAGUCUGAAGAAUCCAAACCUUGGGAAAUGGAAUAUACUAAAAAGAUUGAACCUCCAAAGUCCUGGGAAAUGCUUGUUGACAUGGAAGAACGGGAACAGAAGAAGCGGAAACAAGAAUCUGUAAAAACUCUGGAAUCUGUAAGGCAGCAGGGGAAGAAAUUGGAACUCUCAAGGCCUUGGGAAGCUCAUCUUAAGGAAAAUGACAACGAUGAUUGCAAGCAAGAAAUUCCAAAGCCUUGGCUAACUCAGGUUAGGGAACAGCAGGACUCUCCUAAACAUUGGAUGACCAAAAUUAAGCAAGAUUCAGAACAAAAGCAGGAUAUGCCAAAACCUUGGAUAACCAAAGCUAAGGAAGAUUCAGAACAAAGGCAGGAGACUCCAAAAACAUGGGUGGCUCAAACAAGAGUGGAAACAGUACAAAACCCAGAGCCUGUGAAGCCUUGGGGUGCAUGCGUUAGAGAGGACACGGAGCAAAAGAAACCAGAACCUGCAAAGCAAUGGGUAUUGCACAUUGGACAAGAGGUGGAGCAAAAACCCCAACCCCCAAAGGUUUGGGAAACAUCUGAGGGACCACGGCAAGCACUUCAACAGCCAUUACAGAAUCCUCCAAAGAUCUUGGGAGCUGGAAAUCUUGUGCCAAAGGAGCAAUCUGGGCCAAAGAAGCCUGAUUUGGAAGCCAAAGAAAGACGAGAGAGCAGACUGAAGCUCGAAUCUGACGUGAAACAAGAUGGAAAAACAAAUGGACUGAGUGGACAAGGCAUUGAUGCUGUAAAGAAAAGAGAGAGCCCUCAGUCAGUUGGACAAUCCUGUAAACUACCUAGGAGCCUCCAAAACAGCCUGCAGGUGCCUAAACCUGUACAUCAACCGGCUGCAGAGUUUUGUUCUACUACUAGUCUUCCAAAGGACCCGGUAUUAAGAAGGGAAAAACUACAGGUUCUGAUGACUCAAAUACAAGGGACCUAUAAUUUCAUGCAAGACUCUCUACUGGACUUUGACAAACCUUCACAAAGUGCUGUUUGUCCAUCUCAAGCACCUUUAAUUGAUUCGACAGCUUCUAGUGAACAGCUUUCAAGCCAAAAUGAUUUCCCUGAGCAACCGGUACAGACUGCUGUUUCUCCUAUAACCUUGCAUGGCUCAACCACCUCCUUAGCUUCUGACAAUACACCGUCUGGAUCUGAAACUGAACUUGGGACACCACAGAUAUCUGUUUCAAAUUCUGAGUCUGAGAACUUCAGCCCACCCCAGUCUGUGUAUCAGACAAGCCAAGGGAUUUCUGAGCCAUUAAUGCCUCAAAAAACUGAAAUUGCUCAGGCUUCUGUUCCUCUUUCAAGUGAAUCACAGAUACCAUUGACAUCAUCAAGAGCUACUAUGUCACCAGUGCCCCAGGGGAAGGUUUUCCAGUCUUCUUCACCAAGUAGCAGUGUUAGCAUGAAAGCACCUCCCUUUCAGGCUAUGCAGACUGUGUUCAAAGUGAAUGCACCUUUGCCACCUCGUAGGGAGCAGGAUACAAAAGAGAACUCUUUGCAUCCUACAGGAUAUAAUCAGAAUUUUUCUACAGCAAGUACGCAGACUCCACCCCAGUGUAAACUGCAGUCUACUCAAAAUGUUGAGCAAACCACUUUCUCUCAAGAGUCCCUGGCAAAUGCAGGUAAUUACCAGGUUGAGGGAGCUGUUCCUGUAAGCAAUGGUAGCCUCACCUUUUAUGCAGCACAGACAACCACUUUCCCUAGACCACCUCAACCUUUUGUUACAAGCCGUGGAUCAGUCAGAGGCUCCCUACGAGGUGCAAGAUCAGUGACCAAUUCAUACCGCUCUCCUGGUGGCUAUAAAGCAGGUUUUGAAGCUUACAGGGGAUCAUCUUCCGUUCCUAAUGGCACCUAUGGCCAAUUGCAGCUUCCUGGCAGAGAUUAUUCUCCAGUGCAGUAUCCUCAGAGGGAUGUGAAUUACCAACAGAACUAUAAGCGAGGAGGUAUUAAUAGUGGUCGGGCUAACUCAAGAGCAGGAUGGAGCGAUUCAUCUCAGGUGAGCAGCCCAGAACGUGACAGUGAAGCCUUUAACAGUGGGGACUCUGGGCAGGGUGACUCCCGCAGCAUCACUCCUGCUGAUAUGCCAGUGACAAGCCAAACAGCUACCAUACUACCUGUGCACGUCUAUCCCCUCCCACAGCAGAUGAGAGUUGCCUUUUCUGCUGCUAGAACUUCUAACUUGGCUCCUGGAACUUUAGACCAACCUAUUGUGUUUGACCUCCUGUUAAACAAUCUUGGUGAAACUUUUGAUAUCCAGCUAGGUCGGUUCAAUUGUCCUGUGAAUGGUACCUAUGUGUUCAUCUUCCAUAUGCUGAAGCUGGCUGUGAAUGUUCCACUGUAUGUGAACCUGAUGAAAAAUGAAGAGGUUCUAGUAUCUGCAUACGCCAAUGAUGGGGCUCCAGAUCAUGAGACUGCUAGUAAUCAUGCAGUCCUCCAGCUUUUUCAAGGAGACCAGAUUUGGCUACGCCUCCAUAGAGGAGCUAUUUAUGGAAGUAGUUGGAAAUACUCUACGUUCUCAGGAUACCUGCUGUAUCAAGACUGAAUGUUUGUUUACAAUAAAGCUGCUCCAAACAAUGUGGUGAAGGAAGGUGAAAGCUGGGAAGACUAGUUUUGCACUGCAUACUGACUGCUUUAAAACACACACACACGCACCCCUCUGAAAUGGGAUAUGGUGAUCUGUCUUGCAAUGAGAUAGAGUUGGGUCAGCACUAAUGUGGCACUUUAUCAUUUGUGAUGUAGCCUUGAUAGUAAAGCUGUGAAUGUAUGUUUGCACUUCUCCUUGAACUGUAAUUAUCAGCUUACUAUGCUACUCAGAAUUUGCCUCGAGUCUAGGCUAUUGACAAUGCCUUGUGCCUCAAUAAAAAAACUUAAUCUGC